CGGCGCCCUCGGCUGCAGGGGGAGGUGGCCUAUGAGGAGAGGGCGUGCGAAGGCGGGAAGUUCGCCGCCGUGGAGGUGACCGGGAAGCCGUUUGAUGAAGCCUCGAAGGAAGCGGUGCUCAAGCUCCUGAAAUACGUCGGAGGAAGCAAUGACAAGGGGGUUGGAAUGGGCAUGACUGCCCCUGUCUCCAUCCCAAGCCAGUUUCAAGCCAGCCCUCCCUGUCCUAGCGAUGACAGCAUUAAGAUUGAAGAGAGACAGGAGAUGACCAUUUAUUCCACGCAGUUUGGUGGCUACGCCAAAGAGGGCGAUUAUGUGAAUUAUGCUGCCAAGCUGAAGUCUGCUCUGGGGACUGAAGCAGUGUACCGCAAGGAUUUCUACUUCUGCAAUGGCUACGACCCCCCUAUGAAGCCUUAUUGGCGACGCAAUGAGGUCUGGUUUGUGAAAGAGUGAGCAUCUGGUGCUAGCCCCUGGCACUGAGAGCCUCCUCACCCUAUGUCCCUGUCCUCUUCAAAAGAAACUAACAAUUUGGCAGAGGCAGAAAACCAUCAUCCCUUCCCUUCGCACCCAUGCCUUGGUCCUUUAACGGACCAACCUUUUCAGAAGAACAGCACAAAGCCCUGACAAUGCCUCCUUCCCAGGCCUGGCUUCUCCUUCCCUCCAGAGUCCUCAGCCACACAGCCUCUCAUGAUCUCUCAGUGGCUUGCUCUUAUCUUCCCUUAUGCUCCCAGAGGGAGCUGAGACAGCCGAAGUACUUAAUUAGCAAGACUGGUGCCUGACAGGAGUCAUGUCCAAAUGCUGGCAGACUGCUAGGCUUACCUCAGGCAGGCAGGAGGAUGUGACCAAAGUGCAUACGGGGACUUUUUUAUCUUCUUGAGCUUACUGCAGCUUUAAAUGCUGCUUUUAUCUGUGCCAUUCCAAAAAGCAGUCUAAAGGGGCAUGGAUGUUUGCUACCAACGCCGUCCAGUGAAAAUGAGCGUCCUCUUCAUUUUCUCAUAGUGUGAAGUAGAAGCAGCACUUUUGCCAUCUGACUGAGAAAUGUCAUUUAGAGAAAGAUCCCAGUUUCUGUUUAUGAAAUCUCUUCUGUUUGAGAGGUGGGACGUUUUGGGGUAUGAUAUGUCCUGAUCUUAGCUAGGUGCUGGACAGUGUGAUGUCCAGGAGCAUUUUCCUCACCUUCCUAUUGUGUGCAGUAUUCUUCUCUAAAACUAGCUUACACAGGGACCACAGUUGAAAUGUGCAUGUUAAUCUAAUUGGAUUAGAAGAAUACAAACUGUGAAAGAAGCGGGUACCUGUUACUUAUGAUCUGAGUGUGAAUUUCAAGAAUGGUGAGCAUCUAGUCGUGGGAGCAACUGUGGGUGCAGCUCCUUUGAAAAGCUCCCUUUAUUGGUGUCAUUUCCAGAGGGGCUACUUUGAGCAGCUGUCUUUAAAGGACGAAAACUGGUUGUUCUCGAGAACAGGGAUUUACUUAUCAAAUAAUGAGUAGCCGUUUCUGAAAUUUCAAGUAAAAUAGUAAGGAUAAGUCUUGUUUUAGGAACACUAUGAUUGUUUUAACUGUUAUGCAUUAAACCAGCAUUUUAGCUGCCGGCUCUCUACCAGGCAGGCAGCAGGAGGCCUGUAAUGGGAACACGCACGCGCACCAUGUUACAGUGGGUGCCUGUGUAAUUGUUAAGUUCAACUAAAAGGUGUUUUCCUGUGGUGCUAAAGCGCCUCAAAGUCCAGGUGCUUUCUCUCUAGAGUGGAGAGAGAUUUUUUUCAGAUGGAAGCCAAGUUCUGACUAGUCAGGAGCUUUUUGACAUGUUUCCUUUUUCUGAAAGCAAAUCUCAGCAGUAAAAGGAGAAAGAACUUUGUUGUGGGCCUCACAAGAGAGUUUCAGUUCCCUAUGUGUAAAAGCAGCUGGUCAGACUGAGAAAAAAGAGCACAUUAGUUUAAUUUUCAAAAACAAAAGCAAAGGGAAGACUAUUGUCUGCAGUUAUUGAUUGCUGCACAGGGAAGGAGGAAUCAAAAGGAAAUCAAGGUAGACAAAGAGUUAGAGUUCAGGAGAUGCAACCAGGAAGCACUUUUCUGAGGAGCAAAAGUUCUUCUAAGGCUGUCCCCAAAGCCAAAGGAACUUAGGCAUAUCCUGGCUUAUUUUUACCUGCAUGGGUGAGGAAUGGAGGGAUGCAGUGCUGCCUGCUUUAUGUAUUCAUGGAUUGAUUUGGGGACUCUUGCAUAGCCUUUCUAUAGAUAUGGUCCUUUCUGGCUUUGGGUGGUGAAUGUUCUGCAAUGAUUGAAAUCUCAGCGCUUCAAAAUUUCUCCAAGUGUCUCAAAAUUUCUCUUGUGAAAUCUUCAAAUGUUAGGAAGGUUGAUAAUAAAUCUGGUAUGAGCAGAGCACCACAUCUCAUCAGAACAGUACAGGAGGAAAACAGCAUUUUCACAGGAAUACCCUCUUCCUGAACAGAGAGCAAGAGCUGCUGACCCAAUAGUGAGAGCAGUCGAGUCUCUAGGCUCUGCCUGUGCAGUCCUACUACAUGCCAAGUGGUCUGUGCUUUUGCAUGCAGUAAAUAGGGUAUUGUUUCAUAGGCAGUGUUACUGAUGUCAAAAGUUUAUGCGUGCUGAAUUGCCUUUUCUCCACGAGCAAAGAUGCCUAUGUUCUGUCUGCACUUUCUAGAGCUUUAAAUAAAUUAAAAAAUGCAUUAAUAUUGUGAAUUACAGUUUUUGUGCUUAUCAUUGACUCUGUGAGCUCAGUGGAAGUUGUUGAUUUGAAAGACCUUAGGUUGUCAAUUCAUCAACAUCUGUCUUAUUCUUUCUGUUUGGGGUACUAAUCAUGGCACAAUAUCUAUAAAUAGUCAAUAUCUAUAAAUAAUCAUCAUGCUUUUUCCAAUAAAUUGCUAUUUUAUGUA